CCUCCUGCACCGCCGCGCGUCUCGGGUCCCGGUUGUGCCUGCAGCUCCCGAUCCGGCUCCUCGCUCGGCCUUAGCUCUGGGGACCCCACCGGCCCCCGAGGCUGGGCGCUGCGCAGAGCCCCGGCGGAUUCAUUGGGAUUCCUCAAAAUGUCAGGUACAGUCCCCACCGCCCCUCUGGUGCCAGGGGGUGAAAUGGAAAACCAAGUCCAGUUUCCGACUUCAAAGCCUGACCCCCCUCCUGCCUACAGCUCCUACGUCCCAGGGCCCCCGGGAGCCGCCGUGCCCCCUGCCGCAGGCUACCCCGCAGGCUACCCCGCAGGCUACCCCGCAGGCCCGCCUACCGCCUACUACAGCGCCCAGCAGCCCACCACCUUCCCCUUGUACCAGCCGGGCAACACCGCUCCCAUCCAGUACCAGCCCGGCAGGUACCCAGCGCCAAGACAAACGGUUCCCCUGACGUGGAUGGCCGGCCCGACUUCCGUGCCGGACUGCCCUCCCGGCCUGGAGCUGCUCACCCAGUUGGAUAACAUACACGUCCUUCAGCACUUUCAGCCCAUAGAAAGGAUAGUCAACUUCGAGGCCAAUAACAGAUACGAUGUUCGAAACAAGGAGAACCAGAUGGUGUACAUGGUGUGCGAAGACACGGACGACUACACCCGGAACAUCUACAAGGGCCUGCGGCCCUUCGUGCUGCGGGUCACAGACGCGCUGGGCCGGGAAGUGAUGACCAUGCAGAGGCCAUUCAAGUGCACCUGCUGCUGCUACUGCUGCUGCCCGGACACGCGCCAGGAGAUGGAGGUGCAGUGUCCCCCUGGCGUCACCCUGGGCUUCAUACGGGAGCGGUGGUUCCCGUGCCAGGGAGUGUUCGUCAUCCAGAACGAGAAGAGAGAAGCCCUGCUGAACGUCGUGGGGCCCUGCAUGACCUACCGCUGCUGCGCCGACUCCGCCUUCCAGGUGACAAACCUAGUGGGCAUGUUCGCUGGAAGCAUUAGUAGGAAGUGGACUGGAGUAUUGGCCGCCUCGGUGGACGCUGACCACUUUGAAAUCGACUUCCCCUUAGGCCUGGACGUGAAGUUGAAAGCUCUGAUUUUUGGUGCCUGCUUCCUCAUUGACUUCAUGUAUUUUGAACAGUCUGCACAGUCUCACCAUCAAUCACACUCUCAUCACUGAGAUGAGAUGAUGGAAGCAGCCAAUGAACAAUUAUUGUGAAUUAAAAAGAAGAAAACAGAUACCUU